AGGAAAUGGCAGGAAUUACUCAGGACUGGGAGCCGGUGGUGAUCCGGAAGAAGGCGCCUACGGCGGCCGCGCGGAAAGAUGAGAAAGCUGUCAACGCUGCUCGCCGUGUCGGAGCCGAGAUCGAGACCGUAAAAAAAUCUAAUGCCGGGACAAACAAGGCUGCUUCAAGCAGUACAUCACUGAACACCAGGAAGCUAGAUGAAGACACAGAAAAUCUAGCCCAUGAGAAGGUUCCAACUGAGUUAAAGAAAGCCAUCAUGCAAGCUCGAAUGGAUAAGAAGCUCACACAAGCUCAACUUGCUCAGAUAAUAAAUGAGAAGCCCCAAGUAAUUCAGGAAUAUGAAUCUGGAAAAGCAAUUCCUAACCAGCAGAUCAUAUCUAAACUGGAAAGGGCUCUUGGUGUGAAACUCCGUGGAAAGAAAUAAAACAAAAUGGUGAAGGAAAGUCGGUCUUGUUAACUUUCUUUGUCCUUAAAGAGACCGAAAAGUGGUGUUGUAAAUGGAUAUUUAUUUUUAACUCUCUUUUGGCCACUGUUGCUCAUGUGUCAAAAAACUCUGAGGGAUACAGUUGGCUUUCCUUAUAAAACAUGGUCAUUUUGUUGCUGAAAAUACAAGAAAUCUCUUAAUCUGGUGCGUCUAAUCUCGUUUAGAUUAAUUGUUGAGUGUUGAUCCUUCUUGUUCAGUUGAUGUCUAUAGAUGUGACUACCAGCUUGGACAUUGUGUACACUGAGUUGUUUCAUUUGGUUCUUAAUGGAGGCGACUGAAUCAAUGUUCAUGUUGUACUAA